UAAAACAAACCUCCAUGACCCAAGAAGACAGAAGACACUACUCUUUCUCUCACACAAGUCAGUCACAGCUUUAAAAAGCUAAUACAGCUGAAAAAGCUCUUCCCCAUACUAUCAUACUCCUCUUUCUUUAACCAAACAAAACACAACUCUCUCUCUCUCGCUCUCUCUCGGAAUCCACAUCUCUAUUUUCGGGUUAUCGGGUUCCGGAUCUGCCACCCAUUUCACCAACAGCCCUUUCUUUCCAUCCUCGAACACCACACACACACACACACACACACAUAUAUAUAUAUAUAUUUAUAUUUAUGUAGACAAACUCAGUUCUCAAAUUCUCUUGGGAACCCAAAAGAAACCAAUGCUCAAUCUCUCUUCUUCUCACGUUUCCCCAACUUAAAGAUCCUAUUUUUAUUAUAUUUCACUGUACAAUAGUUCUUGUACAACAAGUGUUAAACUUCUUCCUGACCCGACGUUAUGGCGGGUAAUCCGCCUGAGAAUCUCGGCGACGAUUUCUUAGAACAGAUCUUGGCGGGGCAGCAGUCGUAUACUGGUGGCGGUGGCGACAUGGGUUCCAUGCCUAUGGUCUUACAGUUGGGUUCCGGCGCCGGAAACGUCUCCGGUGGGUCUGGCCCCGGAGGUGGGUUCAGAGGUGUUGGAAUGGGGAUGGGUAUGCCUCUGGGGUUGAAUUUAGAGCAAGGUUUCUUAAGGCAUGACAGGUUUAGAGAUGAGGUUGAAGUUAACAAUACGAAUAACAACACUAAUAAUCUUUCUUCUCCAGUGAACGCUACGUCCGCCAUUAAUGAGCGAGAUUCGGUGCACAUGGCGAGUUUGUUCCCAGCCUUUGGGCAUUUGCAAAACCAGUCAGUCCGCGCAGCGCCACCGCCUCCGCCACCCCAACUUCACCAGUCAUAUCAUGUUCAACCUACAGCUCCACAAGUUGCUCCUGCACCACAACCGCCUACAAUGCGCCCUAGGGUUCGAGCAAGACGAGGGCAGGCAACAGAUCCACAUAGUAUUGCUGAGCGGUUGCGCCGGGAAAGAAUUGCAGAACGAAUGAAGGCUCUGCAGGAAUUGGUUCCAAGUUGUAACAAGACAGAUAGGGCAGCUAUGCUUGACGAAAUUGUAGAUUACGUGAAGUUUCUAAGGCUACAAGUAAAGGUAUUGAGCAUGAGUAGACUCGGUGGGGCUGGCGCAGUGGCUCAGCUUGUAGCUGAUGUACCCUUAUCAUCAGUUGAGGGAGGAGGAAUUGAAGGUGGAGACAGUCAAGCAGCUUGGGAGAAGUGGUCGACUGACGGCACAGAACAACAAGUAGCAAAACUGAUGGAAGAAGAUGUAGGAGCUGCCAUGCAGUUCCUUCAGUCCAAGGCACUCUGCAUCAUGCCCAUAUCUCUGGCCUCUGCUAUUUUCCGAACACACCAACCGGACGGUCCAACUAUGGUUAAGCCUGAAUCAAACAGCCCCUCAUAAUGCCCCCAACAGAAAGAUGAACUUGCACAUGCUCAGUUCCAUUACCCUGUGGUUGGUCUAUUCUCACUCAUAACAUUGAGUAAUCUGUACUCUAGUUCCCAACUCAUACCGAAAGAGACUAUCAAGUCAAUGUAACUGUUCAUUCUCAUGUUAGUUUUUGUCAAACGAGGGACUAGAGUUUUCAUGGCUAGGAAGAAACAGAAACGGUAAGGCAUGUGAUAUCUUUUUUUGCCUUGGUCAAGUCUAUGGAAGGUUUUUUCUUUGUCAAAAGCUCAUUUGAUUGUCUUCCUCUUCUAAUAUGAGUGGUGGGGUUUUAGUGGCGAUGACCAAAAACAUUGGUGGUGGGAGCUCUUCUUUUAUUUUUAUUUUUUUUCUCUUUCUCUUUUCUGAACUUGGAUAAUGGGGUGCCGGGGCCAUAUUUAAAGGAAAUAGAUGGAACUAUGAUGUAUUUGAAGAAAACUUUAGUGCAAGUUGAAAAUAGAUAAUGGUUGGUUUUUUCCAUAAA